AUGGCUCAGGUUUAUAUCAAGUGAAAUUAAUAUCAGUUUAUUUUUUUGAUUCUAACCGAAGUUAACAAUGUUUUAAUUUUAUUAUGAUGUGUUGUUUUUUGUCUAUAAACAACUUUAUACCAGAAAUCUUAGGUCAACCAAAAACUUUACAAGAAAUUUCUAUAGUAUUUUUGACCCAGUUAGUGCAUUGGGAGGUCAUUUUGUGAUUUUCAGUGUAGUUUUUUUUCUUAAUAAAUGCAAAAAACUGGCAAUUUUUUCAUAAUUUAUGUUAAUUUUUAGAUCAUUUGAACUUGGCAACAAAUGAAAAAAAUAUUCUGUUUAGAAUCGUUUCUUCAUUAACAAUAAUUUAUCAUUACGUACAGAUAAAAAUUAAAUUUAUUUAUUUAUCCACCCUUCUAAUUUUCCUCAUUAAAAUGAUACACUGAUCAGUCAUUGGUACAUCAUCACAAUUUUUUUUUUUCUUAAAUUAAGAUAUAGUUAUAGGUACUUUGUUGUCUUUUAUUUAUAUAUAUUAAUGCCAUUUAGGUUUUUAACAAAAAUAAAUAAAGCUCAUAAAUGUGACCAGCGUGGAAAGCUUGGCAUGUUUAGUACCAGUGCUCUGAACAUAUUUCAAGAAAAAAACCAUCUGUUUAUUUCGGAAUUAAUACCAAAAAACCAAUUGAAAAACAUGACUAAGUCACUCUAUUAAAUUAUAUAAAAUAUUGGAUUUAAACAUAUCAAAUAUUUUUUUUUAGGUUAAAUUAUAAAACCUUUACAUUAAAGUUUUUCAAAUACAAUAAUAAAUUCAUUAUGACUUAUAUAUACUUAUAUAAAAACAGAAUACCUAUUAUUGGCUUUUUCAAAAUAACGACUCAUCUGAAACGUAAAUUAUGUAAAUUUGUAUUAAUUUUUUUUAUGCUGGUACAUAUUAUAUGAUAUAUAUUUAUAUAUUAUGAUAAUUUUAUUAUCUUUUAAUAACAUUUAUAUGUUUAGUACCUACCUAUUAUAUCCAAAGAUAGAUUUCUUUAUUAUUUAUGGUUAUACUUUGAAGAUAUCUUAUAAUCUGUAGCUAAUUUUUCUUUAACCUAUGUAUUUCAAACUAUCUCAUUGUUUCUCUUUCUCUCAACGAGCCCAUACUAUCUCAAUCUAUUCUCUAUUUUUUUCCUCCAACUUUACUGUAUACCUGCUAUUCUUAGACUUAUAUACUCAUUCCUAAUCUUAACUUAUUAACCUGGUUAAGCCCAUUCAUAUUCGCCUUAGCACUUUUGUUUCUGUUACUUACAUUUUAAUAUUUUUAAUUAAAUAAGCAAUACUCAUAUCUGUAUAUCAUCAUUUUUGGCAUCACAGGAGUUUUAAAACACUUUCCUUUAAUGUCAUCUUAUCUUGAUCUUAACAUUUCUUCUGUUAUUAAUCAUAAUUUUACUAGCUUCAUCCUACAAUAUUCUCUUACACUCCUAAACUUAAAUGCCUACUUAAACUUCUCAACUCCAUUUAUAAUUUAACAUCCAAGUGUUAGUCUAUGGUGACCUCCAUUAUUUCUUCUUACUUGAUUUUUAAACUUGAACUCUAACCUACUUAUUUAUUAUUUCAAUAUAAUUUUAAAACCUUUAAUGAUAUCUAUAUAUAAUUAAAUUUUUACAGUAGUCCUUGGUUAUAAUAGUUGAUAUUUUUAUAAUACUAAUAUGUAAACUGUACAGAGCAUACCUAUACUGCUAUACUUACUUAAUAAUUAACAUAAAACAAUUUUCUUAGUUCCAUGUUUCUAUUUUAAAUUUUAAUUGGUUAAAAUGAUUUAGGUAUUGUAAAAACAGUGAACUACACGUACAUUAAAUAUGGCAAUUAUUAAUUAACCUACGUUAUUACAACCACUGUGUUCCUAUUAUUUAUUUAUUCAUUGUAUCGCAUAUUUGGACAAUGUUCUUAAAGUUAUAAUCAUAGUAGAAAUACAUGUUAAUAUUAGUAACAUAUGAAAAUCAAAACAAAAGUAACGUAACAUAAAAAUAAAAUAGCUGGAGUUCAAUUUAAUUGUGAAUUGUAUUGAAAAUCUAGUCCUUAUUUAUAAAUUUAUGCCCAACGUAAAUCCAAUCUAGAGCUUCUCUGGCCAGCACAAUAAAAUUCUUCAUUUCUCCUUGAAAUUUUUUUGAGAACAAUCUGACACAAUGUGCUCCAUUGUGUGAUUUCUUAAACUGUAUUAUCACUAAGUUUCCACCAUAAAAAAAAAAACACAAAUCUAGGAAAACUCGUGUCCUCGAAAACUCGUCAUAAUUUAAAAUUUCAUCUUUUGAAAAAUUGAUACUAAAACUGACUAAUAGAUAAAAAAAAAAAAAAAAAAACAAUUUUUCUAUGGCGCUUAUAGGUAGGUUUUAUAAAAUUAUUUCAAAACGUAAUUCUAUAAAAAAAAAAAAGUGUUGAAAGAAAAAAUUACCAGGGACGGUUUUGUCAGUGUAUUAAAUUAUGAUGGGAUAGAUUGUCUGCAUACGGAGUUUUUCGCAGGAACGAAUUGUCUACCAAAAAAUUAACCACACCUUUCAUGUCCUAAGUCGGUUUAAAUCCAUCCAGAAGUGUUGUCGGGUCAUAAACUAAGUUAGCAUUCUUGAAUGUAAGAUUGUUCCAUAUAGUACGCCAUUCCAUAAUUAAAUUAAAGUUUGUCUGAAUAAGGUGUCCCAAAGUUGUUUUCUCGAUUUCAAACGUAUCUGUAGAAUGAUGCUAAGCAAUUGAGAUAUCAUAUUAUUGAUUGUGUUUAAUAUCUAUGUUGAUGUCUGGAGGAGUGAUAUUUGACAAGACCAAGUGCCACUCCGAUGGGGUUGACUUCAACGCUCCACUUAUAACUCGCAUUACAUUAUUUAAUCUUUUUAACGUGUUAGGUAUUAAGCCAAACACUUAGACAAUAUUCAGCGGUAGAAUAUAAUAAUGCUAGAGAAGCGGUUCUGAGUGUAUGGGCGCGGUGGGUUUCAGGCACCCAUACACUCACUGUACACACACUGUCCCUCCUAAUUUUGUAACAAAUUUACUCUUGAUCUCUCCUUCCGUGCAUUUUCUAAAUGCUUUUUAAAAGUUAAAGAACUUCUAGACACUUGGGUGAGGAUUAUGAUUUAAAGUUAUAUACUCUUAAACUCAGUCUGUAGUUCUCGAUCAGCUUGUUAGGUAUAUAGGUGUAAAGUACACACUUCUGUUCUGUGGGGAUUUAGUCUCCAUUUAUAGAAAUAAUUUCUGUGUACCUAAAAAAACAGUAUUUAAAACAAUUUACAACUAAUAACGCAAUAUAACUCAUUAAUAAGUGCUUAAUAAUGUAUUUGAAACAAUCACGUAUUUACAAUGGGUUGUCCUGAGUGCUAAAUUCCUCGAAGGAGUGUAGUACAUUGUAGAGUUUUUGAUUAACUUAUAAUAAUAUAUAUGGAAGAAUAUUGGCUGAAAAAAUACGAAAUACUCCAUUUAUUACGAAAAUCAUAAAAAUCACAUUAUUUCAAUUCAUUUUAAACUGAACUUCGCUCAAAAUCGUGUUUUGUUAGCAAUAGUUUAUCAUUACUUACAGAUAUAAAUUAAAAAUUAAUAAAUAAAUUAAUUUCUACUUGUCUUAUGCCCCCCCCCCUACAUUAGUGUAACAGUGGCGCAUCCAUCAGCAGUAUCAGUUCUACCAUUAAUUAUAGAAUACACAGAUAGCCCAUGGCAUAGGAAUAUCUAGUGACUAAAAUUAUGUUUAUGCUAUUUCCCAAAAGAUGGCGUUGUACAUAUCAAUGAACAAAUAAUUUCACUUGAAAUGAAAUUUUUGUUAUUAUUGCCCGUGAUCGAUCGUGACGUCACGGCUGCGUAGCAGGAAGUUAUUUAUAGAAGUGUUUAUUUUAUCUUUAUCAAGGUUUUUUUUCGGAAUUGACUAUUAUUUAUUUCUUCACGAUUUUAUAUUCGAUAUACGUCUUGUAUUUGAUAAUUGGAGUGUAAACACCAUAGUUUGUAGACUGAUAUGGAACAUAAAAAGUAAUUGUUUGUCUAGUGCCUAGUUGAGGUCCUCCUCCCAAAAAAAAGGAAAGCAUAUAUUUAUACAAUUAUAUUUAUUAUGUUAUAAAUUAUAAUUGUUAACAAUUAUUACAACUAAAAGACUUUUUUUUUUAUUAGAAAAACAUCUUUAUAUUGAAAAUUUAUAAUCUAUAAUAUUUGUACAAUCAGUAAUUAGUAAUUAUAAUGAAAAAAAAAUAUUAUCAGUUUUAUGACAUAAAAAUAUAAGAUAUAAUAAACACAUGUUGAGUCUCAUAGUGGAAAUAUAAUUUUUAUUAAGAAGAAGUAAUUGUUUUUUAUCGUUAAGUUUUCGUCUGUAAAUAAUUCAUUUUUACGAUGGUUACAAUUUAAUUUUUCCAUACAUUUAUUUUGUUUGUUUAUCUCGUAUGUUUUUUUUUUAUAUCAUCAAAUGAAAUUAAAUUAUCGCCUUUUAUGAAACAGGCUUCAAUUAAAUUAUUUCUAAUACUUUUAAGCAAAUGUGGAACAUCAAACAAAACAAAUAUUGUAUUAUUGUUGAUUAGAAAAAAUGGGCUAUUUUCUGAAACAUUUAAUGAUUUUAAUGUGCUUUGAUUGUGUGUACCUUGAUCGCAUACUAUAAUUUUUGAACACAAUUCAACCUCGAAUAAUUUUUGAAGCACAUCAAUAAUUAAAUUUUUUUUAAAUGAUUUUGUUUACUCUUGAAUGGGCAAGAAAAUAUGAAAUUGGGAAUUUCAAUGGUGAAUGAAUACCUCGAGCCAUAAAUACUAGAACACAGUUAGCACUUUUAUUGAUCAUAAUGGCCUAAAUCUUCAAAACCUUCAAUGAAAUCAAAUUUUUUGGACAAUUCUACAAAUUCUUUUAUGUAAAUCUCAUUAAAACAAACAGUGCGCGGGUUUUCUUUAUAUUAUGAUGACUCAAAUUUUUUUUAAAGAUGACUAAAAAAUAAUUUACCGAAAUCUGGUAAGAAUUUCGAUUGACCAAUCCAACGACGAACAGUUGAUGGCCCAGGCAAAUUUAUUUUUUGUGUACGUAAAAAUGUAUAUGCUGUUGGUGAUUUAUAAUAUAAGUUUAAGACACUUAUUGCCAGACUUUUUUCGAAUUAAUCGUAAUUAUAUAUAUAAAAUAAAAUUAUUCACAAGAAAUAAAAUACAAAAAUUUAUAAUAAUAAUACGAAAUACGAUGAUAAUAAACAAUUUUGUAUUCCAAUUUAUUUGAACAAAUAUUCUAUUAUUAGUACGGCAAUAACGCGCGAUAAGCUACCCCCCGCACCGCUUAUCAUUCUACUAUGGGGGGUACCACCUGCUCGCUAUGACGGAGUUGCUAUCUCCUCGCAUCUUAAACUGCACUAGCGCUUCUUCACAGCGUUGACAUUCUUAUUUCAGUCGCCUAAUAUUUACAUUGCACGGGCUAUCUGUGUAUUCUAUAAUCAAUGGUUUUAACUUUUUUUUUUUUUUUUUUAUCGUGAACUAUAAUUUACUUAAUUGAGUGUAUUUUACUGUAGUUCGUAAAAAAAAAAAAAAAAAAUGUAACUGCAUUAUAGAAAUAUAUAAUACAAUGUUACCUGAAUAACACGUAGGCGCCUGUAUAAAUGUGUACAGUUUGCAGAGGUGCUGAGUACGUGCUUAAUGUGAUGCGUUUGCCAAUUUUACCGAUAAUUAUAACAGUAAAUCGUAAUAUAUUAUAAUAUAUGAAUAUUUGUGUACCUACCGGUUACGGACCGAAUAGAUUCAUCUAAUACACGCAUAAUAUAAUAAUAUUAAUUAUAUCAGAUGCGUAGCCGGGGGGGGAGGAGGCUAAGGAGGUUAUUGUCCUCCCUUUUGACCGUGUUUAUGUUAGCCAACAGCCGUAUUUAUUUUUUAUAACAUAUUUUAAUAUAAUAUCACCUAUUUAUUUAAUAAAUUUAAAUGGCUUUAUUAACAAUAUGCUAAUAUGCUCAUAAUUAAUCAACGAAUAUUGACUGAUUAUAAUAAAUAAUUCCAAUAAAUAUUAUAAUGAAUUAUUUUUAUAAAUAAUUUGUUGCAUAAUCUAUUAACACAAUAUUACAAAAAAUUAAAAGUGAAAAGAAUGUGUUAACUGAUCAUCUGCUGAGUAAAUAAACGCAUAUAUUUUGAGGAUGUAAAACGAACAAUACGCAAGUCAUAAACACACACAAAUAUACGAUGUGUAAAAAUUAAAAUAUAUACAUUUAAACAAAUAGAAUAAGUCGUUUUUCAAAAAACUUAUGAGAAGACUUAAGAGUAUUAGUAUUAUUUGUACAUGGCAAUGUUAUAAAAUAAAUGUAUUGGAAAUGUUCACCUUAGACCUAAAUGGCAACAAUAUUUUUUAGGAUGUCUAGGAGAGAAGGGGUAACAAUUUGUCUAUGCGCCACAUUCUAAACAUGUUGUACUAAAAAUUAGUUCGGCGCCAUUAGGUGUAUCUCGGAAAUCACGUUUAUCUUAAUUAUCUUAGCCAUAUAAAAUUAAUUGCGUAAGAUAUAGAUUGUGAUAAAUUUAAUUGAUAUUUGGGUUGUUCUACUUGUUAUAAAAUAUUAAUUUAUAAAUUUUUAUGUUUAAACAGAUAAGUAUACAUAUCUAGUUUCAAAAAUCCCCGGAAAACGUUAAAACGCCAUAAAACACACCUAAAUCAGAUAUAGUGAAAAAAAUGAGUCAUAGUUUACAAAGUACAAAUCGUCCAUAAAAUAGAGAUUACUUAUUAUAAUCAUAUAGAUGUCUACACUUUUACGUCAUUAACAAUAAUUACUGCCCUCUUAAAAUAUAGGUUUUAGUCUGAAAUAACGUUUCUCAAUCUUUUUCAAAUCCAUAUUUGAAUUUAUUAUGAAUCUAACAUUUUUUUUCUUUUUUUAUCAACAUUGAAAUGUGUAUUAUUAAUAAUCAUAAUCAGGGCAAAGAAUUUUAGUAUUUGCAUACUUCUUUUACGCAAUGAAAGAAAUAGCAGAGUAAGAAACAAAUACGUUUUGUGUUUAGACAAAAUUAGAUUUGUAUUUUUAUUAAACUGAAGAUAUAACUUUAUAAAUGCAUAUUUCGAAUUUUUCCAAUUUUUAGGGCAUAGUAUUUCUUCCAUUUUAUACUUUUCGGGAAAUAUGUUUAGUAUUUUCUCGAUAGACGUUUUUGCUUUAUUUAAUAAUAUUACAACCAAAAUUGUUGAAUUUAAAUUAAUUUUUAAUUUUUAUCAUUUAAUGUGGCUGUUCGAUGUACAUAAAUACGUUUUUCCUAUAAACACUAAACGAUUGCUCAUUAAAUUAAUUUUUCGGUUAUCAUUUUUUAUAUUUAUAAUACAGUUUAUUAUAUCAUACAAUUUCCGACAGAACGAUAACAAUCCUAUAUACGAUAGCGAAAUAUUAAUUAUUGAAUUUAUCAUACAAUUUUAUGAAAAACAAAAUAUAUACACAAGUCUAUAAUCAAUAUAAAUUAUAAUGUUCCUAUUAAUGGUAUUAAUAAACUAAUUAAAUCAAUAAAAUUAUUUAAAACUAAAUAUUAUUGACAUUCUGUGGCACACUUAUGGAAACCUCACAGCACACUGAAGUUUGAGGGACACUAAAGGAUUAUAUUCUAGAAAUACCUUGAGGCUUACCUUGAAUUCCUUGAAGCUUUGUAACCGAGCGGAUCGAUGUUUCGGGUGUCCAGACGGCGGCGCACAUUUUCCCAUAUUCCGUACGUUUCGUCCGAAUAAUUAUUUAUAAAACCACGGAAAAUCAAAAAAUUGUUCGUCCCAACGUCCCGACUAGACAACAUAUUAUGUUUUCACACUUGCGUUCAGAAACUACAAAGUAAUGACGGUGGAAAGGCAACAAAAUCCCCUCCCCUCCACAUAUAUUUAAGCAUGUAUUAUAGUGCACGUGCAAAAACAUCUACGAUCCAGACUUUGGACCUGUAUGAGCAGUCCACGUGUAUUUAGCAAAAACAUAGACAAUUAAUAUUUACUUAUAUACGCGCAAUCGUUAACCGUGCUCCUAAGCCAUUGAAUAUUAGUAUUAAAUCGGCUUUGCGUCGUGCACGUCGUUUCGUAUAACCAACUCGUUAAUUUAAUCAACAACGGCUUUUUUUUUUUUUUUUUAUUAUCCCGUGUCGACGCAGUUGACGGAUACAAAAAAAUUAAUAGGAUCCGCAACAAUACAUAGUAUUAUCACCUUUUAUAGGUAACAUCAUCUCUCUCCGCGGUUUUUUUAUACAAACACGGGAUGGUGUUCGACUGCAAAAAAAUGAUGACUAUCGUGAUCCUGUCCAACCUAAUUGCCAUCAUAUGCACCGUGGUCGCACAUAAACAAUGGGGAAUAUUCAGCCACGACCCAGUCAACGGUCCCGGACUGUUGGCAGACCCGUCACUGAAAUUCGCCGCCGUGGUAAGUGCAGAUCAUAAUAUGAGUUGCAUAAUGUUUAACUAUAAUCAUUAUUUAACAUUAUUUCCACUAUUGUGACGCUAUAUAGAUUUUGGGCGUGCAAUUAGCCCAGGGCCGGAUUGAGCACAGAGCCAACAGGCUCCAGGCCCGGAAAAUUCGAAAUCCCGAAGGGUCCUUUUUCUCAGAACCAAUUCUGGUUGUAAUAUUUUAUGUUUAAUGUUUAUUGAAAAUUUGCAAAUCCAGAUUUUAUUUUUUAUAAUAGGUCAAUUUUAUUUUUAUUUGGCUCGAUGACGAUAAUCACGUAUACUUGUAUUAAUUGCAUAUUCAACUUGACGUUUUCGGCCAAUUAUUAUUAAUACCUAUUAAUUAUUUUUCUUAUAAAUUGAAAAACAUAGGUGUAGCUACAGUGGUGUUCCUUACGGGGUGGGAAAGGGAGGGGCGAAAUGUAUUUUUCACCCACUCUUAAUAUAGAAAAUUCCUUUAAAAGUAACGUCACAGGUACAACAAUUUUUUUAAUAGACACGGGAAUUUGGCUCUUUUAUAUUUGUAAAAUAUGACAUUUUAAUACAUAAAAUAAGAAAUUUGUAUUUAAUUAAAUCUUUAUAAUAUAUAAAAAUCCCGUGUCACGAUAUUCGUUUGCGGCAAUCUCCAAAACCUUUCAACCAGUUUUUAUGAAACUUUGUAAAUGUAUAUUGUUUGGCCCUACUUGAAAUAUAGGAUAAUUUUUAUCCAGAUAGUUAGUCCAGAUAUUUUUUAUUACAAAUUUAAGGAUUUUUGAUACGUUCUACGUAUGUAUUGUGUCUAUGUAUGUGUACAAUGACUACAAUAUAUGUAUGAGUUUAUUGUAUUACCUAUAUACAUAUUAUAUAAUAUUAAUAUUGUAAAUGUGAAAGUAAGUCUGUCUGUCUCUUAGUUGAUGGAGAAAACAUAGGCUACUUUUUGUCGCGAAAAUAAAACUUGAAGAGGAUGAAAGGUUUUUAGGUAUUUUUGGUACGGAAAUUAAAUUAUGGAUAACCUUAGUAACACGGGAUAAAAUGGAAAAAAUAAAUAAAUAAUACCUAAACAGAAAUAAAAAUGCUAUAACAACCUAAAAUAAAGAGUCUAUUUGACUGUCUACCGGUCUAUUAUUGGCUUGAAAUAGGAUGAGCUACUUUGGUAACAUGGAUGAAAAAAAACAUAAAACUAUGCGCUGUACUUGGUGGGUACCUAAGUAAAAACACGUAGAAUGUUACCUUUGAAUCUUUGUAUUUGUUGGUAUACAGUAACAACUCUACAGUACUAUUAUGUUUAUGUUCUAAUAAUUUUAGCGUUUUAUGGUGGAGAUAUAGUUUAAUCCCUGUGCUGUUGAGGUAUCUAUGGUAACACGGAUGAAAAAAUGUAUAAUACUUUCCUCCUUAUUUUUUCGUUCAAUAUACCGAUACGGGCAACGCCGGACACAGAACAACUAGUACAUUAUAAUAUAAGCUUAACCUUCGAUUUUUCAUAGAAGAUAAUUUUUAAACGAUAUCAUCCACUGACACAGAUAUAUAUACAUAAUAUUAUCUAUAUCUGUGUCUAUUAAUAUUCUCAUUUCCUGGUAAAUAUGCAUAGGCCUGGAUUAAGAGUUGUGGAGGCCCGGAGUUCCAUAUUAAUAGGGAGACUUAUUUAUUCUAUAAAAAUGGAACAAAUAGGCAAAAGUAUAAAAAGUCAUCAAAUAUUUGAUUCAACUCAUAAAAUAGUCUUUGUAGGCUCCUAUUUCUCGUGGGCCUUGGAGACGUGGCCCCGUCUAUCCCCCUCCCCCUCUUAAUCCGGGCCUGAAUACCUAUACAAGAGUGUAAGCGAUCCUGGCAUAUUUAUUUCGUAACUAAAAAUCAAUAAUAAAAAACAACGGUCCAACCGCCAAAACGAAAUAAUAACACUAGAAACCUUGACCCGGUUCGACCAUAAAUAACUAAAAUACUUUAAUAUCUAUGGAUUUGACUGUGUUACCAUUUUAUUCAAGAUAUUAUUAACUACUUUAUCAAAAAAUAAUUGUAAAAACAUCAAAAUCAAAUAGCAAUGCACAUUUAUAAUUAAACGGGUCCCCCCGUGGACCUCGCCUCCCAAUUAUAAUAUUAAUAUGUUAGACCUAGUGACCCUAUGCAAUUAGUGUAGAGUUUCAAAAAGAGAGGAAUAUAAAAUAUACAAUUGCCUAGUUAUAAAAUAUGGUUUUUUAUUUUUACAUUAAAAUAGUAAUAUUAUUGUUUAUUAUAAAGAAAAUUUUUUAUCAUAAAUUCAUAACAGUCAACUAACUUAUUAAACUGUAUUAAACAUUUUUAAAGUGGUAAAAUUAAGUUAUUCGUAAAAAAAUAGUGAAAAGGCCUUUUGAGCUAUUGGGAUCCAGGCCCGGAAAUAUCUUAAUCUGGUCCUGCAAUUACAUCCUGUAGUAAUUAAAGAUAAAACUAUUUAUUUAUUAAUAUUAUUUUACUUAAAAAAAAAUGUUAAAGUUGAGUUAUUUGAGCACUUAUUUAGUAUUAUGUGUGGCAGUUAUAUUUAGGCUGAAGCUCUAUACUCUGCGUUUCCUUUGCGUUUCAUAAAGUGUUUUCAAAUGAAAAUAAAACAGUCAAAAUGGACUAUUUUUAAUUUCAAAAUUUAAUUUUUCAAUUUUAUUACUAAGUAUUUAAGGGGUGUUAAUACAUAUUAAUGAAACUAAAACAUUUAAUUUUCCUCUAACAAAAUAUUUAAUGAAAUAAAUAUUACCUAUCAUUUUGUUUAAAAAAAAUCACGUUAAAUCAAUAGUUUAUUUUUGUACCACAACCGAAAAUAUUAUAACCAGGGCCGGUUCUAGACAAAAUGUAUACAUAGGCAAAAUCAAAAUUUGCCGCCCUUUCGUUUUUGAUCUCUCUAUUUACCCCUUGUCCCUUUAACCAUAUCUUCAAACAUAUUCACGUGUACUUCGGGUUGAAGCCACAGUACAUUUAUAUAGUCCAAAUUUUCGUUAAAAUUUAAAACCAACUUAGCUAGACCAACUAAACGCAAUUGACAUAUUUGGGACCGCAAGUAGUUUUUCAUAAUCUUCAUUUUUGAAAAUGAUCUUUCGGCACUGGCCGCAGUUAUAGGUAAUGUCAGUAAAGUCUUAAGUGCUGUGACUAGGUAAGUUUCAGCCACCGUUGUCAGUAAUCAGCUCUAAAUAUAUUGCAGGAGGUCACCUAACCUAACCUAACCUCGCUACAAAACAACGGAUGAAAAACAAAUAAUACUGUUGAUAAUGACGCGUUGAGCUCUGCUAGUAUUAUCAGCGCAAAGCCCCAAAAAUAAACAAUUUAUGUAAUAAAUAAUAAAUAUAGUACGUUAUUGUUGUCGUUCAUCGACGUUCGGCGAACACGACGUGUAAUUUCGGAGAAAUAUCCGUUAAUAUACGUUAUCUUAGGUUUAAUUUUGGUGUACUGUACGUAUGUACUUGUGCAUAAACCGUCCCAGCCAAAACUAACUUCGGUUAAUUGCCGGAUGCUUGUCAGCUAUUAUUUUCGAACAAUAAAAAUAUAACAAUUAAAUAAUUUCAAUUUUUGUUCAUCGGUGUUUCAAAAACGGUUUUCGGUUUUUGCAAUAGCCUACUAGUCCAACGCCUAAGUAACAACGUGUAAUCCUAAAUACGGCCCUGCCUAAGGAAAUGCCGCCUCUUACAUAAUGCCGCCCCAGGCAUAGGCCCGUGUUACACUGUGCCUUCCGCCGGGCCUGAUUAUAACAUACGGGUCUAUUCAUUUUCAUGACACGAUACCUAUAUCUGCCAUAUAAUAAUAGUAAUAGUUGUGUAAUCAAUCAUAAUUCAUACAAUUAUUAUGGCAAGCGUUUUCUGUCACCUCAGAGCACAUCCAAAUUAUAUGAAAUUAAUCCGAUGAAAAAUACUACGGAUGAGACACGACGAAAACGCCGUGUAUAACUCCGGCCUUAGUCAUUUAUAAAUGUCUAAAUGUUUUUACAGCUAUUCCGUCACGGAAAUAGAGCUCCAGAGAUCAGUUACAAGACUGACCCACACAUAAAUUUUUUCCCAGAAGGAAAAGGCGAAUUGACAAAGGUAAUUUAACCAUAAUAUUUUUAUUAUUACAGGCGAAAUUAUUAUUUUUGAUUAUUACCAUUUAUAAUCUAAUAUUAUAUUCAGGCACGUAUAUAGAUGGGGUUUUGGAAAACAACCCCCCCCCCCCCCCCCGAAAAUGAAUAGUUGUGUAAAUUAUUUAUAAAAAUUUAAUAUUUUUUUAAAUAUUGAUAAUAUUGGUAAUAUUGAUUAUUGUUUAUUGUAUCAUUUUUUAUGAACCUCCCCCCCAGUUUUUUUUUUCUGUCUACGUGCCUGAUUAUAUUUUAUGAGUUAUAUUAUAUUUGUAUACAUUUAACACCUGCAAGUACUGGAACCGAACCAAAAAGACCUAGGAACCAAAAUUUGGUUAGGCAAUGUUGAUAUCGCCUAAACUAAACAAUACAAUAUAUACAAUUACUAAAAUAAAUAGUCAAAGUGUGUACUAUUUCAGUUACUUAUUAGAAUUAUAUUAAUUAAUUCGACAAAAUUAUCAUAUUAUUUUAUUUGAAUUACAAUUACAAUGAAACUUUGAGUUGCAUAAUUGUUUUGUUAUUCGACAAGCACAGCGGUUAUUUGUACGCUUGGUUUUACCCCUCUGAUAUCCCUGAUUCCUAAUAAUAGGUACUGUUAAGCCAUGCAGCUUCUCGGAGAGUGAUCUUUUUCUUUUACCGACUUUAUUGUACCCUUAAAAUCAAGACAAUUUUUGUGACAUUGAACUAUUCUGUCCGAGUGUAUCUAAUAUCUAUGCUUUAAGAACCAUUUUUCGUACCUAAAAUUGUAAAUCAAUUUAUAAAUUAUCUCAUUUUUAAAUUUAAUUUCUUAGGUAAUUUGUACUAGUCAUCUUGGAUACCGAUAAAGUCCGAGAUGAUCCUCUAGCAGUCUAUCUCUAUCAAAAUCAGGAAUCGUUAUUAGAGCAGUAGUUUCCGCAUUUAUGUCUUUUAAUUACUAAGCUAUUGUUAAAUUGCAGUCUGUUGAAUUAUUUUCUGCCAUCCAUGUAACGAACAUAUCUCGGUUUGCCCGGUCUAUUGACCCUUGACUGUGCCGAGGUUUUUCGUGCACGCUUCCUUUAUCUUCCCAAAUUUUGUUGAGUUCCAUUAUAAUUUGAUUGCCAAUUUCUCAGCCAUUGUCUGAAUGUAAAAUGUAAUAGAUCGAGAUAAGAUAUCCAAUUACAGAAAUAUACACUCACAAUUAUUGGUGUGCGUCACUGCGCCAGCAUUAUUACAUCGCCUAGUCAUUACUUGCAUUGCCGGAAUUAGCGAUUACAUGAUAACAUGUACAGGGUAAUCGACAUAAUGUAAGACACUUAUUUUGAAAAAUAUUAACGUAUUUCGUGAUUUAUUUUUAGAACAUUUAAGUAAUGCAUAGCUCUAAAAUAUUACAUUACUAUUAUUUUUUUUCACCCGUGUUUUAAGGGAUUAAACCACUACCUACUUUUAAUGAUCAAAUGACAACUUAUUCUGAAAAUUCCAUAAAUAAACGGAGUAUAGGAAUGCGUAGGAAUUUUUCGCGAGGUAUGCAGAAUAAUUUUAAUAUCAUUUAAUAUCAUUGUUUAAAACUUGUAUAUAUGGCUUGUACAUUUGUUAAUAACUUAAAAACAAUUAUCAAUUUACAUGUGACUAAUUUUACAUAGGUGUGAUUACUAUACACCAAAAACGUUGGUUUUGAAAUGAAAUACUAAUGUACAUUAGAACGCAAUUACGACAGUAUACAACGAUUUAACACUUCAGUGUACAGCCUAACUUUUUAAAACAAACAAAGCUAAUGACUAAUAAUAUAUAAUAUAAACAGCAUUUUUUUAUUUGUACCUAUAUUAUAUUUAUUAUACAUUUUAACUACAAUUAAUAACUAUAAUAAUUGAAAAUAAAUCAAAAAUUUAAAGAAGGCAAUUGUUUUUGCAUGGUGUGCAAGCUGCAGACCCCGUGCGCACGCCUAUGAGAUGAAGUAUUAAUUUAAAUACAUUUUUUGAUUUCCGUUAACCAGUUGAUGAGAUAUUGAAUAUUUGAGUUUAAGUAGAGGGAAAGUGGUAGAACAUUAUUAAAAGACCACUCAAGGUGCUACCAUACAAAUGAUGCACCACUACAUUUCCCUGCCGAAACUUAAAAGUGCGAUAUAUCGUCAACGGAUUGAUUAAAAUUAAAGAUUUUAACACAAAAUUGAUUUAAACUAAUACUUAUGGAAUUUUUUAUAUAGAUCGCCAGUUGAAAAUCAAAAGUAAAUAAUGGUUUCACCUCUCAAAUAAUAAAAAAAAAAAAAAUAAAGUUAAUAAAAUACUUAAAAGACCUAGUAUUGCUUAUUAUUUUUUAAACGUUCUAAAAACAAAUUUCGAAAAAAGUUGACACUUUCCAAAAUAAUGAGUGUCUUACGUUAUAGUGAUCGUUCUGUAUACACAGUGUGUCCCACAAAGAUAUACCCAUUUUAAUAUAUCCGGAGAUAACAAAGUAAUCAAAUUCUGUUUUUUUUUUAAAUUUAUUAUCAUUAUUAUUAUAAUUACUUACCGGAAUACAAACAACAAAUAUUUGUAUUUCAAUUAAUUUUUUAUGUUUUGGUAAAAUACUUAAAAAAAUAACUUUUUUUUUUAUUAUUAUUGAAAAAAUUAAAGAUGGUUAUUUUAUAGAGUUUAUAUUAUUUUGAAAAUUUUGACGUAUUAACUUUUAAUUUUUGUUAGAUUCGUAAUUUUUAAUAACUUUUUAAAAUUCAGAGAAAAAAGUGUACAGUCAAUUAGCUAUAAAAAUAAUAAUAAUAAUCAAUUAGCGAAUGCGAUCUUCAUAUUUUUAAAAAAAAGUUAUUUUUUUAAGUGUUUUACCAUUACACAAAAUUUAAUUAAAAUACAAAUAUUUGUAGACCUUAUUCCGGUAAGUAAUUUUAAUAAUAAUAAUAAUAAAAAAAAAAAAAAAAAAAUUUGAUUAUCUUUUUUAUCUCCGAAGAUAUUAAAAUGGGUAUAUUUUUGUGGGACACUGUGUAUACAAAAUUUUUAACCAUGAACCAGCAACUACCUCUCAGGAUUUUAAGUGAAUUUGAUUUCUGUAUUUUUUAAUCAUUAUUGAAUCGUUUAAGCUUUAUUUUAAAAUCAUUUUUAAUUUUUUACCCCUACUCUAUUUACUCUAUUUACCUUGAAUAAUUGCAUACUUUUGUUUUCAAAUAGUCAACCCCCCCCCACUCUUUAAACACAGAUUUGAAUAGAGAAUAUUUGUCUAGAAAUUUUGAUGUACUUAACACUAAUAUCAGAUUUACCAUUUAUGAGUUAUAACUGUUUAAAAGUUUAAACCGGAAAAGUAGGGAAUGAUAAUAAAUUGCCCAUCUAUUACCACAGGGUAAGAAAUCACCAUGUAUAAUCAUAGGUUAUUUUAUGACGUAUGUGAUUUAUUUUAAUUUUGAUUAUAAAAUAGUAUAGGUUCCUAUAUUUUUAUAUGAAAUCUAGAAAAUAAAUGUUAACAGACAAAAAUUUAAUUUUUGGGUUUGGUGUUUGUUUGCCCUUCCUCCAUUAAGAAAUUCUGAAUACAAUUCUGUAGAUACCAACUCUACCUAAUUAAAUAAUUUUAAUAUUUCAAUUAAUCUACAGUUAGGAAAACAAAAUAUGUAUAAAAAAGGAAAAAUAUUUCGACUCCUAUACAACGGUUUCAUAAGCGAUUUAUACUUGGAUAGUGAAAUUUUUAUCCAAACUACCAACGUAACACGGACUUUCAUGUCGGCGGCAUUGGUUUUAGCUGGAAUGUAUCCACCAAAAGACUAUCAGAAAUGGUUGGACGAAGAAACUGUGUGGCAGCCUAUUCCAAUUAAUCAAAAUUCACCAGAUCAUGGAUUAGUAUGUAUCUACUAUUGUCAAUACCUACGUUAAUAAUAAUCUUUUACGUCAGAAAUUUAAUUUGUUCGUAGUUUUAUUCAUAUAAAGUUUUAAUAGCUCUUUAACAAUAUAAAUCAGGUACGUAUACAGGGGGAUAGGGGAAUUCCCCCCCCCGAAAAUUAAUAGUUGUGUAAUUUAUUUGUAUCAAUUUAAUAUAUUUUUUAUAAAUACUGAUUAUUGUACAUUUUUUAUAAAUGUAGAAAAACUCACAAAAUUAAAAUGUCUACAAAUAGUUCAAAAAUGGCUCGAACGUCGGGUAGGAUCUUAUGACGUUACGUGUGAUUUUAAAAAAAAACGUUAUUAAGAAACGGUUCACCUGAGAAUUUUUUUUUUUUGAGAUUGUUAUUCUACUUAUAAUACUAGAGAUACCUAUAUUGUAGAUUAAAACAAAAAAUGAUUUUUAUGUCUUAUAGUCCUUUAGUAAAACAUUAAUAUUUUUAAUUGUCGAAUGUGAUGGAUCAUAAUUUCCCGUCAUGUUGAUCAUAAUAUUAUUAUCACCUUUAUGAAAAAUUAAUUUACAGCAUUUCCAAUAUAAAUAAUAUAAAUCCAGAAUUCUUGAGAUUGAGCCUAAUUUGGUUACACCAAUUCAACUUUUUUCCUUGCAACAUCCUACAUUAGUACUAACUAUAUCUCAAUUGAUUUCAAUAUUUAUUGUUUACAAAUAUUUGUUCAAUCCAAGUUAGUUUUUUUCAUAUAAAUGAUUUACCCAUUUAAGAUAAGUAUAAUUUCAAAUCCAACCCUUAAAUUUUUUAUAAAAAAAACUAGCCGACCCGUCGUGGCUUCACCCGUGAUUGGUUGUUUAAUUUGCCUUUGGAUAAUGAUAUAUAGAACUUUUUAAUCAAAUUCUAUCGUUUAAUAAUAUCGGCAAAUUAAUAUAAAAAAAAAAAAACGGUUAAUGAAAACGUAUUGAAAUGUUUCAAGCGGGAUUAAUGACAAAUAUAUUUUUACUAAAAAUGAAUGCAGAUACAAAAGAAAUGCUGAGUAAUUUACGGUUGAUAAAGAAUUUUAUAAAACUUCUGAGUAUAUGGCGUUUUUUGUUUUAUCUCCUGUUGAAAUUAAAAUCAUAAGAUGCUUCGGGUCCCCAGUUCGAGAAAAUCCCACGUAUAAUUGUCCAUGUGAAAAGCACUGUGUUCGAAGACCUACGCCAACGUACCUGUAUGUUUGACCUUGAGCUUUGUUUAUCGUGAUUGCCAAAGAAACUUUAACAGAGAAUUAAAGCCGUUUGAACGGAAACGGCAAGUCCGACGGAAUCACGGGAAUUCUUGGAAUAAAUGCAAUUNUAAUCGGAGUACCAAUUUUUAAUUUUAGCUUAUGAAGAGGAAAUCCCGAAGGAGAAAGAGAAUUGAGAAAUGAUUGUAGAUAUAAAUAUAUAAAGAUAUAGAUAAAGAUUAAUACGAAUAUUCAGUAUACAUGUUGUUUGGUGUGCGUGCGAUAAACUUCUCGGAACAAUUCGUACCUACACACCGAUGUCAAACACGAUACAAUUUGACGAACAAAAAGGUCAGGUCGCGGGUAGCUGUAAACCCGCGGGCCGCCGUGCCGCACAAUACGUAUAUAAUAUGGGUAGACAAUUUUUUAAUUUUUCAAGAACUUUAUACUUAUUUUUUAUUGACAAAAGUGGUACUAAAACCUUCAGCAGAGUGUCGGGUACAACGGUAAAAAAUUUCAGCCAAAUCGGUACGGUGGUUUUCUCGGUUAGCGCGGUCGUAGAAAACCCCUUACAAUUUUAUAUAAUAGUAUAGAUUAUAGGACCAUUUAUAUACAAAAAAACCUCUAAAUGUAUUUACUAUUAUAGUUCUGAUAAGACUGUAAAUAAUUACUUGUUUUUUUUUUUUGUAGAUAUUUAGGGAAAAUUGCCCAUCUUUUUCUGCUAUCAGUAAAAACUUAUUAAGCUAUAAAAAUGAAGAAAACUUAACAGAAUUGUUGUCGUAUUUAAGUGAAAAAGCUGGACAAUCAAUCUCCGAGAUGGACUUAGUUAAAUUAUAUGACUUAUUUGAAUGCCAGGCAAGUUUAUUAUUAUAGCCUGUGUGUAUAUUUAUAUUAUAAUAUACAAUACUUACUUUAUUAUAGUACUUACCUGUAUUUUAUCAAAAUAAUUAAACAAUAAAUUACAAUAUUUUCAAAGAUAUCUGCCGGAUUACAACUACCCGAAUGGAUUACUCCUGAUAAAUUCCAAACAUUAAAAUCGAUUGUUUUGCACAGAAAACGCUUAGAUAAUUUUUUUGGAAAUUCAAAAGUACAAAAGUUGGUCAUAGGUAAGCCAAAUAUUUUAUUCACAUUUUAUGAUUAAAAAAUAAUCAAAUAUCUAAAUUCCAAACUUUUGUUAUACUCAAACAUAUGGUCAAAAUGCACAGUUGAAUAUUUAAAAUUGUAGUUUAGUCAAUCAAAAUUUGUUAAAUGUAAUUAAACUCUACAUUUGAAAUGUGCUUUCACAUUGGAUCAAUGGAGAAACUAGUAAGUGAUAGAUAGUUAGGCACUUACUUUUGGUGAACAAUAUUAAUAUGCUAUAAAUACACUUGAACUAAUUACUGAGGCAUUUAUUCUAUUGUGUAUUUUAAAACUAUAUUUUAUCUUAAAGGACCUCUGCUGAAAGAGAUUGCAUUAACAAUGGAAUUACAUUCAAAUAACUCCAUUAGCCAAAAUAAAUUGCGGAAAAUGUAUUUGUAUUCUGGACACGAUAUUAGUUUAGCUACUGUAAAGGGGUUUUUUAUGAAUACUAUUGAUAUGCCAGACUUUGGUGCUUCCAUACAUUUUCAUUUAUAUCUUGAUGAAACAUUUGGUUACAUUGUUAAGGUAAAUCCAGUUUAUUACAACAUAUGUAAUAAUAGUGAUAACAUCAAAAUAUGUAACUAUAUAUAUAUAUAUUUUUUAGAUAUUCUAUUAUGACCGGUGGAAUACAGAAAAAGAAGAAGAACUUCCAAUACAUGCCUGUGGUAAUCCAUGCCAACUCCAGAAUUUUGUUAAAAUUAUGAAAGCAAAUUUUCCAAGAGGGUGGAAUGAAGAGUGUCAGAUGAUUGAAAAUUAA